AUGUCUUCAGAACACAGACUUCAUUAUACCACCCCCUCAACAACGUUCCCUACCUCGCUUCCUCUUGGCAAUGGCCGUUUCGCCGCCUCGGUGCUCUCAUCCCCCGCAAAGGAAUCCUUCAUCUUGAACGAAGUCUCCUUCUGGUCUGGGAAACGGGAGAAGGCGGGUGAAGGACUAGCGGAGCGGCCCACAGAUCCCAAAGCCGAGCUGAGAGAAACACAAAAAUGCUAUCUCAAUGGCGAUUACGCUCAAGGGAAGAAGCGAGCGGAGAAGUAUCUCGAGAGCAAAAAGAACAAUUUUGGAACCAACCUUGGCGUGGGGACACUUGACAUUGCCGUCAAUGGCCAGGGAAGCAUUGACCAAGUUCGCGGCUUCGAGAGAGAACUACGGUUAGACGAAGCUGUAGCGGAGACGAGAUAUACUAUCAACGGCCGCCAGUUCAAGAGGAGGUCUUUUCUCAGUCAUCCGAGCCAAGUGCUCGUGGUGCAAUUCGAUGGUGAUGAUCUAAGGGGUCUUGAAGUUAUGGUCGGCGUUCAGGGUGAGAACGAAGCAUUUACAUCCAAGAUCACUGAUUAUGGAAAGCUUGAGUUCAACGCCCAAGCUCUCGAGUCAGUACACAGCGAUGGAACUUGUGGUGUCAAGGGCUACGGUAUUGUCACGGCAACUGUUGAUGAAGGAAAAGUAGAGCACCGAGAUGCCAAGCUUGUCGUUUCAGCAAAGAAGAGCAUCACAAUAUUGGUGGCCUUCAAUACCGACUACAGCGAGCCAAAUGACGAAUGGAGAAAGAGAACUCCUCUGCAGAUGGAAGCUGCUUUUAAGCUCUCUGCAGCUGAUCUUCUCAAAGCGCAUCUGGAAGACUAUCAGCCUCUAUACAAUCGGAUGAGCAUCUCUUUGGGAUCGAAAUCUAGCACCACUACCAACAUUCCUACGGACCAGCGUCGACAGAACUUUGAGUCCUCCGGAUAUGCCGAUCCCAGCAUGUUUGCGCUCUACUUUCACUAUGCCCGCUACCUUACCAUUGCUGGUACUCGUCAUGAUUCACCCCUGCCGCUACACCUUCAAGGCUUAUGGAAUGAUGGCGAGGCCUGCAAAAUGGGUUGGAGCUGUGACUAUCAUCUCGACAUCAACACGCAGAUGAAUUACUUUGCUAUCCUCAACGGCGGGUUCUCCGACCUCAUGCAGCCUCUAGUCAACUAUCUAAUAAAACUUGCUACGAGCGGGCAACACGCUGCACGAGUCUGUUAUGGCUCUGAAGGCUGGGUCGCCCACGUCUUCAGCAACGUCUGGGGUUUUGCAGAUCCCGGCUGGGAGGUUUCGUACGGCCUAAACGUGACGGGAGGCCUUUGGAUGGCAAACCAUCUAAUCGAAAUGUUUGAGUAUUCUCUUGAUGAAGCUUUCAUGGACAGCUAUGCACGGCCGGUGUUGGCGGGUGCAAGCAAGUUUUUCCUUGACUACAUGAUUGAAGAUCCAAAGACGGGCAGGCUGCUCACAGGUCCAUCCGUAAGCCCAGAGAACAGCUUCUUCAUUGUCAACGAAAAUGGUGAAAGGGAAGAGCACUAUGCGGCCUUGGCCCCGACUCUUGAUGUCGUCUUAGUCCGCGACCUUUUGGCAUUCUGCGAGUACGCCGCGACCAAGUCCAACAGCGGAAAGUUCAAUUGGGAGGACGAUAUCCGGUUAUAUCGAGAGGCACAGGAGAAGCUGCCCCCAUUCCAGAUUGGCAAGAAUGGUCAACUCCAGGAGUGGCUGCACGACUUUGAAGAAGCUCAGCCCUACCAUCGACAUCUCUCUCACACCAUGGCCCUCUGCCGGUCAGCGCUAAUCUCCGCUCGGCACCAGCCUGAUCUUGCAGAGGCAGCGCGUGUGACGCUGGAGCGAAGGCAAGGCCGCGACGAUCUCGAGGACAUUGAGUUUACGGCGGCCCUGUUUGCUCUCAACUAUGCCCGUCUGGGAGACGCAGAGAAGGCUGUUGCGCAGAUUGGUCACUUGGUGGGCGAGCUGAGUUUCGAUAACCUGCUCAGCUACAGCAAGCCGGGCGUGGCGGGGGCUGAGAAGAACAUUUUCGUCAUUGAUGGGAAUUUCGGCGGCGCGGCGGCUAUUUCUGAGAUGUUGAUUCGAUCUAUUAUUCCUCGUCUGGGAGGGCCGGUUGAGGUAGACCUGCUUCCGGCUUUACCCGCGGCUUGGUCUGAAGGAACGGUGGACGGCAUGCGAAUCAGAGGCGGUUUGGAGGCUCAUUUCGAAUGGCAUGAUGGUAAGCUGGACGACGUGACUUUCAAGGCUUCUGCGGCAUCGUCGUUGACUGUGUAUUAUGGCGAGCAUCGAUUCGAGGCGAAGUAUCAACCUGGAGACGUUAUUAAGCUGGGGCCGUCGCUGCAACUACAGAACUAG